AACGAUGUCAGAAUUAGGCUUCGUUCGUUGUCUUACUAACAUUGUGAUUGAUACUUGGGAAGGAUGAAAUGCGGGCUUAAUUCUGUUUUUUUUUCUCCUUUCGUGAUUCGGAUUUUAGGUACUUGUAUUUAGGCCUUGUGCUUGUCGCUCUCGAAUUGAUUGUGUGAAGCACUGAUGACAUGCAUUUGCAUGAGUACAUUUUCAUGUAAAUAAUCCUCAGGUUUGUCAAUUUAGUUACAUAUUGUGAUUUUUUUUUUUAUAUUCCUUUUGAUACAUUGUGAAAUUCACUACAUCUGAUAACUUAAUUCUCUUCCUGUUUGUAAACUUGACUGAUGCUAGGGCUUCCUUAAUUUUUGUUUCUGUGUGGAAUAUCUUAUGGAGGAAAUGGAGAUUAUGAAGAAGAGAUUUUUGCAAGACCUUAUUUGUUGGGCUCAUACCAUGAUUCAAUCAUGCGGACUUAUUUGAUUCCUCCAUAGAAGUUGAUUCUAUAGGAAUAAGAUUCAGAGUUGAAACUAAUCCAGUAGCUUCGCCUUCAAAGAUUAUGGAGAAUGGAAAGCAGCAAGAUGAUUUUUUGGUGCUAAGGUGUCAGGACGGUCAUACUAGAACCAUAUGGAAGGACUCUGAGUUGAACCAAUCUGAAGUUGACCAACUAAAAGAGGUGGCAGUUACAGAAAACUCUGCGGAUAACUCCGAGGAAUUAGAACUCCUUCUGCGCAGAGUUAAAACUACUGCAACUUUGUUUACCUACUUGAAAUCUAAAGCUAGAAUCAUGACAAUUCCUCAGUUAGCUCAUACAUCUUGUGGUAUCAGACUUCAAGAGGGCAUAGGUUUUGUCGACAAACAUGGUGUGCCUUUAUCCAAUUGGUCUAAGGCUGUUGACAUGUGCUCUUAUGAAGAUAUAGACGGAGAAGUACAGCUGACAAAUUCUCCAAGAUAUCCUGGAUGUGCUGAUGUCUCUAAUCGAGCAUACAUUGAUGAGAUGCUGAGUUCAGUUGGUACUAUAACUGAUGUUAUGGAAUUUCUUGUUAAGAGAGUAAUUAUGGCAGAAACUGAUGCUGCUAAUCAGAAAGAACUAAUGAAGUUGGGAUUAGAAGAAAAUAGAAAGAAAACCCUUCAGAUUGAGAUUAUGUCAGCAAGGGUUGAAGAGAUGGAGCAUUUUGCAUACAGUGCAAAUAGUAUUCUAAGUGAAAUGCAACAGAAGGUUGAGGAUAUGGUUGAAGAAACAGCAAGACAGAGACAACAAGCAGAAGAGAAUAAGCAGGAGCUUCAGCAGGUGAAGCAGAAUUUUGACAGAUUGAGAUCAUUUGCCAGAAGUCUUAUAAGUGUUAGAGUAGCUCUCCUUUCAACAGAGCAGCAAUUUCACUCCGUCGAGGAACUUUUUGACAGGCUAAGUGCAGAAAAUUCUCACUUGGAGAAUGAGAAAGUCCAAAAGGAGGCUGAAGUGCAAAAGCUCAUUGAAGAGAAUGCAAGAUUAAUCACUCUUGUAGACAAGAAGGAGGCCCAAUUGCUGGCCAUGAACGAACAGUGCAAGUUCAUGGCUCUGAGGAGUCCUCACACUUAGUUUGUCGUAUACUCACAGCAUGAAACCUAAGCCACCUUCACGGCAAUGGAUCACUGAAAGAAGAGCUUCACAGGCAAUAAUAAAAGACGAGGCAUUCGAUCCAAGCACAACGCUCCAUUCUUUUUUGUCGUCGUUGUCAGCCCAAGUUUUUCGAUCGAUCCAAAUGAAAAAGGAUCACUUCCCGGAAUUAGAUGAAUUGCUGAAUGCAUUAAUCCUGUUACCACACUCCAAAUUCAAUCUCUUUCAAGUGUGGAAAAUAUGAAUGCUCAAUGAUUCAUUGCUUGUCACCUUUGAACUAGUAGCAAUGUGCGUGUUGAAGCGAUAUCGCUAUUCGCUUGAUCUUUA